AUGGUGAAUGCAGACGUGAAGACACAGAGAAAGGCCAGGGAAGGGCACGAGGAAGAGGAGGAAAGCGGUGAAGGCAACCCACAGGCCAGGUGCCAUCGUCGCGUGGAAGCAGCCUUCCACUGCCGGACACAGGACAACAUCUCCAUUGAGCGCAGAGGGCGCCAGGAGCUGGGGCUUUACUACAUUCCGGAGAGGGAAGGGAUGUUCCACCGUGGCCCAGGGCUGAACCUGACCAGUGGGCAGUACACAGCCCCCGUGGCGGGGUACUACACCUUUGCUGCCACACUGCGCAUCGCACGCAGAGAGCAGCGAAGGAAGGGGGAGCUGUACAGGCGGAAUUGUCUGCGGGUUCUGAUCUGCGUGGAGUCCCGCUGCCAGCACAACAGCAAUUUGGAGACAGUGUCCCGGCUGGAGAGUGGCGGUGACCUUUUCACCAUCUCCGUCACUGGAGUCCUUUACCUACAGGCUGGGCAGUAUGCCUCCGUUUUCGUGGACAACGCUGCAGGCUCUUCCCUCACUGUUAAAAGUGGCUCUGAUUUCAGCGCUGUCCUGCUGGGGGUGUGA